CUGGCUUCAGUCGGAUAGGCGCGUUUGAACGGCGUCGGUCUUCUUCGACAUACUUGACAAUCGAGUUUCACGCGGAACGCGGAGUUCGCGGCGUCUCGCGUGAAUAUACAGUAUACGCGCGAGUGUGAUCCCCGAGUGUGCUUUUGGUUUCGUUUUUGCUUGAUUUUCGCGAAGGGAGAAAAGGGGAGAGAGAGAAGGGACAGCGCGAUGAGAGGCGCGUGUGCAGGUGGUGUACAGUGACCGUUGAAAACCGACGAUAAGAAGGACACCGGCGCGAAGAAGAGGACAAUAGACGGCGUUGGUCUACGCGGGAGACGUUUCUCGAAACGAGAUUCUCGGAAGGGAAACGGUGGACGAAGAGGAGAGAACAUCGCCGACGAUGAUGGGAAAAUGUAUGGCGCGAUCCGGGGCGAGACCGCGGCCCUUUCUCGCGCUUCUACCUGCCUUCAUCGCCUGCGAAUUGCUACUCUGCGGAACUCUCGCGACUGCAAUGAGAUUGAGGCACUCGAGACACCUGGACGUGAGAUCGCAGUUCCUGGGCGAGGAAGAAUUACCGCUCGAUGAGAAUCACAACCACAAGCCGGUGUUCUCCAAUUGCUCGAAUUACGCGCCUGUAGUGAAGGAGGAGGAACCGGCCGGCACGGUGGUGAUCCAGGUGCACGCCGAGGAUAAAGAUCCGCCGGAGGAAGGAGGUACCAUUACGUAUAGCUUCGUGACCGCUCCCGAUGAGAGGCUAAAAUUCGAGAUCAACAAUAAGACAGGUCUCAUCAGGACGACCCAGAUGCUCGACAGGGAUGAACCCGCCAGGGAAAAGGAAGCUUAUCUCACAGUUCUCGCGACUGACAAUGGAAGACCGCAGCUGGAUGACGUGUGUACAUUUAAAGUCACUAUUGAGGACGUCAAUGAUAAUUCGCCCGUCUUCGACAAAGUGGCGUAUACGGAAUCCGUGCCGCAAGAUUUACCCGUUGGCCGCGAGGUCAUGAGAGUCUCCGCUACCGAUAUCGAUGAUGGCAAUAAUUCUGUCGUACGAUAUAGUCUAUCGUCUAAGAGACCGGAUGAUGCUGUAUACUUUCGGAUCGACCGCGAGAGCGGUGUCAUAUUCCUCAACAAAGUUAUAGACCGGAAUCCAGAUUAUAAAUUCAGUAUGAUAGCCACCGCCGAGGAUAUUGGCGAAAUCCCAAAUUUCAAUGUCAUCGAUCUUGACAUACGGGUUGUGGAAUCGCAUAAGAAGGCGCCAGCUUUUUUACCGAGGCCAGCGGAACCAAUUAAACUUAAGGAGAAUUUUAGCGAUUUCGAUAAUAGUAUUGUCCGUUUAAAAGCAGUUUCCAAUAUUGAUAACUCCAGCAAUUCGGACAAUUCGUAUCUGCUGUUCGAGCUUGUCACCGGUAGAACGGAACAGACUAACAAAGGGAACUUUUUUAGAUUAGAAUCCAAUAAGGACGUAGCGGAUAUCAAGCUCUCUCAACAUCUUGAUUACGAAAGUAACACGCAGUAUUCGUUAAUAGUACGAGUACAAAAUAAAUAUCAGUUAGCCGCCGAAACAGUGAUCGAUAUCGAAGUUCUCGAUGUAAAUGACAAUAUUCCAGUUUUCCGUGAUAUCAAAAAAGGAAGCGUGUUAGAAAACGAACCUCGAGGAGUUCCUGUAAUGCAAGUGCGAGCCAUCGACGCUGAUGGCACUUCCGCUAAUAAUCAGGUCCGUUACGAGUUGGACAAUUUCAAGGAUCUCUUUGAAAUCGAUCCGCAAACUGGUAAUAUCACGACAUUGGUGACAUUCGACAGAGAGAUCGAAGACACGUACAACGUCAAAGUAAUAGCAACGGAUAAUUCUCCAAGCGCUCUGUUCAAAACCGGCGAGCACAAUAAAGGGCAACAGGUGUUUCGAAUCGAAAUCGCUGAUAAGAAUGACAAUCCGCCUCGUUUCACUCAAAAAGUCUAUACCCAUAAUUCGAUUUACGAAAACGCAAACAUCAAUGCGCCCGUGACUGAAGUCAAGGCUGUCGAUUCUGAUACAGCGAGCCCCGUCACGUACAGUAUCAUAUCGGGCAACACUGACAAUAGCUUCUAUAUUGAAGCUACAACGGGAAAGAUUCGCGUGAACAAGCCACUUGAUUAUGAAAAGAUCACCAAGUACAAUUUGACUGUAAGAGCGUUCGAUGGUGUAUUUAACGAUACUGCGCAGGUUGAGAUUUUUAUCGAAAACGUCAAUGAUAAUCCACCAGUCUUUGAAGAUUUUAACAAAAAUCCGACGAUAGAGGAAGAAAAAUUGAUAGAUGGAUGUAUUACCACUGUGGUGGCUUACGACCCCGAUAUCGAAGAUAGGAAUGCUGAUCAGCAUAUUGCCUACUUCAUUGUUAAAGAAGAUCAGCAACCCUUGAUAGGAAUCGACAAAACUGGCUGUAUGAAGUUGAAAAAGCCACUAGAUCGUGAUCCGCCGAAUGGUUAUUCAAUGUGGACUGUGAUCGUAAUGGCAAGAGACGAAGACGGAUCGCCUACGGCUCUACGCGAGUUGGUGAUGGUUAAUAUCACUCUCAUAGAUAUAAAUGAUAAUGCACCGUUUCUCGAUAUGCCCCCCGUCAUUUGGGAUGAAAACAAGCCGCACGGCAAGAUAACCGAGCUCAAGGCGCGAGAUUACGACUCUGACGAGAAUGGUCCGCCAUUCGAAUUCCGAAUUGACGACAGUGCGGAUGAUGAAAUUAGAUCCAAAUUUGAUAUUCGCGAAAUUUAUCUAUACGCGCAAGUUGUGUUUGAUCGUGAAGAACGGAAGAGCUACGAUAUACCGAUCGCGAUCACGGACAGCGGUAUGCCACCUAUGACGGGUACUUCGACACUCACUGUCAUCAUAGGCGAUGAAAAUGACAAUCCUAUGCAGGAAGGUUCAAGUUCUAUAUUUGUUUACAAUUACAAAGGAGAAAUUCCCGAUACUGAAAUUGGACGCGUUUAUGUUAACGAUCUGGAUGAUUGGGAUUUGAAGGAUAAAUCUUUUGACUGGGCUUCUCCUCAUGACGGAUUCCAUCUAAAUACCAGUACUGGCAUGAUCACCUUACUGUCAGGUACAUCGAACGACACCUUUGUAUUGAAAUUUAUCGUCACUGAAAAAGGCCAUCUUAUUAAAUCGCACCAAGUACACGCGUAUGUGAAUGUCACCGUUAAAGAGCUUCCGGAGGAAGCUGUGGUUAGAUCUGGUUCCGUGCGAUUUUAUGGAAUAACCGCGGAGCAGUUUGUAGAGCCUGACGAAUCCGGUGUCAGUAAGAAGGAAAUAUUUCAAGAGAAGCUGGCCUCUAUGCUGAACACAUCGGUCGAGAAUGUCGAUGUGUUUACAGUGCUUCAUUCGCCUCAUCACAACAACAGAAGUUUGUUAGACGUCCGAUUCUCGGCACAUGGCAGUCCGUAUUACGCUCCCGAAAAGCUGAACACGAUUAUAGCGCAACAUUCCAAGCAAAUUGAACGGGAAAUGAAAGCGGACAUUUUAUUGGUAAACAUCGACGAGUGCUUGUUCGAGAAGGUUCAUUGCAACAGUUCGUGCCGUAGUUUCUUAAACACCAGCACUAUUCCGUACUCCGUAUACACUAAUACCAGCUCGUUCGUCGGUGUUAGAGCGAUCGUUGAUCCGCUGUGCACUUGCACCGUAGCGGAACCUAUCGUCUGCUUAAACGGCGGUACUCCUCUCGCAGAACGAUGCGAGUGUCCACCUGGUCUGGAAGGACCGAGAUGCGAAUUAUUGGGUAUUGGCUUUCACGGAGAUGGCUGGGCUAUAAUGCCGCCACCCGAUCAAGCCUGCGAUGAAUCGCAUAUAGGAUUGGAAAUAACACCACACAUAGACAAUGGCCUUGUCUUUUACUUUGGUCCUAUGACCUAUAGUUCUAAACUUGGACUUCGAGAUUUCAUGGCUUUAGAACUUCAGCAAGGGUUCGCCGUAUUGUAUAUCGACUAUGGAACGGGAACUGUGAGGCUAGAUCACAAACAAAUCAAAUUGACGGAUGGCAAGAAUCACAGAAUAGAUAUUUACUAUACAAAAACUUCAAUGGAAAUGAGGGUUGAUAAUUGCGGCAUAUCUGCUUGCAUGAGUCUCACUGCACCACAAGGAACCAAUGAAUUUUUAAACGUUAAUAGUCCCAUGCAAGUAGGUGGUACAUUAACUAAUUUAGCACACUUGGCGUCAAAUUUAGGAUGGGAUCAUCAACCAACUGAUAAAGGAUUUGUUGGUUGUAUACGCAACAUGACAUUCAAUGGAAAUACAUACAAUUUAGGUAUGCCGUCGUUGUCCAGAAAUGCAGAUCCCGGUUGCAAUCAUGGUAUGGCAAAGGCCAUCUCAUUCGGGAUCGACACGAACUUCAUAGUAGCUAUAUUAGUUUGCGUAUUGAUAUUGUUAAUACUACUCGUCGCGGUAGUAGUGCAUAGAAGAAAGACGGACGAUUUGUAUAAGGAUAUGGAUGAUAUUAGAGAAAAUAUCAUUAAUUACGAGGACGAAGGAGGCGGUGAGGUUGAUACGGCAUUUGAUUUGAACGUGUUGAGAGCCAUUUACGAAGCACCGCCUAUUGAUUCUAAGAUAGCUCCAAUUGGUCUACAGGGUAGAGGAAACGAUGAAGUUCCAGACAUUUGCGGUUUCCUAGAUGGAAAGAAGGAAAGCUGUGAUAAAGAUCCCGAUACAAAUCCGUUCGAUGACGUAAGACAUUAUGCUUAUGAGGGAGAGGGUAACUCGGAAGGCGAUCUAUCGUCGUUAGCUUCCUGUACCGAUGAUGGAGAUCUUAAAUUCAAUUAUCUAUCUAAUUUUGGACCAAGAUUCAGAAAAUUGGCAGACAUGUAUGGAGAAGAUCCAAGUGAUGAGGAAAGUGACGGAGUCGGUGAACGAGAGAGCGAAAGCUGGUGUUGAGUUCUCUUAACCGAAAACUUUAUAGAUAUAAAAUUUUAACGCAGAUUCGCUCCAGCACGUGUGGUCUAUGUAACCACAAAUACGAGUAUAUAUGCCACAGGAUUUGUAUUAGAGAGAUCUGUGCGUUUCUACAAUCUCGGGCCUCUAGCAACUGGCAAAGAACAUGGGGGCUUAAACUGUACUUAAAUGAUACGCGUGGUCUCAUUCACCGACUGCUCCAGUUUAAAAACGGCAAAAGAGACGAAGAGCGUUAUAAUACGCAAUCCUAUUGACGCGAUGUGUAAUACACAUGAGCGUGAUUUAUUUAGUAGACGGAAUAAACUUUACAAUUAUAUCGCGAGUGACUAUAUGGACACUAUAUAUGAAUUCCGUUUAUUCGGGAAAGUGAUGCGUAUCUCAUACUGAUCCUUAAGAUGAAUUUUUAUAUUGUGUCGAUAAAAAACUUAGCGCGUUUACGUUAUUAUUUUACACUAGAAGUGAUAUGUGUAAUAAGUGGGACAAGAGAAAGAAUAGUGCGUUCACUGUACGUUGCACGAAUAUGAACAUUAAAAGUUCUGGAUUAUCGUAUUCUCGUUGUAUGUAUCUCGACGAGUUGUUGGACAAUCUACAUUUCCAUGCAUUAGGCGAUCUUUUCCUUUUUCUAUGUAAUUAUAUAAUUACAAGUAUAAUUACGACGUAUUUUGAGAAAUUAUAAUAAGCGAUGCUCUAUACAUGGGUUAAAAGUAUAUAAAACAGAUAAUUUGCAGCAUAACUGUUGUAUUAUGUAGACGGCUUAAUACUUUGUCGAUGAUUAAAAAUCAUUUAUUAAUGAUAAUUAAUGAAUGUUGUAUAAAAAAGAGAUUUAGGAAAAAUUAUAAAAAUUUUGUUUAUGCUUUUAAAAUAAAAAUUAAAAAGAACUUGCACGAGCCAAUAAUGUUGACAUAAGUCUGUUCCCUUUUUUUUUUGUAAUUUUUUCUUUUUUUUUUUUUAUUAUAUAUUCUGACUUCUCCAAAAUCAUCAAAGGCUUUUCUAAUAUAUAUAGUUGAUUGAUAAUGAUAUAUAGCUUUCUUUUUUCCUUUUCAAUAUACAUAUAUAAAGUUAGCGAAGUAUUAAGCAUAUUUUUUAAUUGUUCAUUCAUCGUAUUUGAAUGACAAAAAGAGAGCUAUUUUCUAUUUUGUUAAUAUUUUCUUUUAACAUUGCGUAUUAUAAUAGCGAUAAAAUGCUAUAUGACUGACUUUAUAACUCGCCGUCUAGGAAAACCUCAGUAACUUUAUAAAGCUGCAAAAUUGACUGCCAGAUUCAAGGGACAACCACUCGCCUCUAUAUGUGCAUCAUUAGCUUUUAAUAUUAUGUGCAUUCCAGCAACGAAAAAAAUAGUUGAAUAAUGUCAGUUUAUAAAAUGUCAAUAUACAUUGUAGUUUUAUAAUUAAUGGUCUAUAAUAAGAUAGUAAGUUUUGUCGAUUACUGAUCUGUGUUCUUGAGUUUGGCAAUCUUCAAGUUACGAAGGGAGUUUCCAGACUAUUUUUUAUACAUACCCCUUAUAUAAAUAUAUAUAUAUACAGAUGUGAAAGAAAAAUGAUACAUAAUAUUAGUGAUCAAUGAAAAAAUUUUAAGGGAAGAUGCCGAGGGGACACUCUUCUUAUGAAAAUAAAAAAGAACAGCGUGCGAAUAAAAGAAUGAAAGAGGCGAAAUAGAUAAAGCGUCACUCUUCUAUAUUUAAUUGAUAUAGUAUUUUAAUAAUUAUAUGAAUGCGAGUGUGAGAGUAAGAAGAAAAAGUGUAUAUGAUAUGAAAUGCUAUGAAUGUAUGCGUAUCGAUUAUAUCAGAUGAACACACGUACGUACAAUGUUAUAUGCGUAUUGUUACAUUCGAUAUAUGUUGCAAAAAAUGCAAAAUAUAUAUAUACAUAUACCUUUUAUAUACGUAUAUUUCUCGCGAAAAUCGAAAAAGUUAUUCUCAUCGCAAGUUUGCUCGUAAUGUUGUUUCACCAGUAGGAUUAUAAGCAAGGAAAUAUUUGAGUAUUCCACACAUUGUAACUGAAUGUAGAACAAUGAAGAACCGACGCAUCAAGAUCGAGUGCCAUAGAGCGCUUUAAACAUUGAUCUUUCUCCUAAUUUCGCGGGAUAAUUUUUAUCGAUAAAAUCACUUCAUAUUGCGAUGCGCAAAUAAUUUCGAGAUGAUAAUAAUCUCGUCACGGAAAUAAUUGUUCGUGUCUUUCGUUGAUCUAAUCACUGUUUCAUAUCACUAACUCAUUAUCAUUUUUUCUAAUAUAUCUUUAUGCGAUUGAUAAGCAUUUAUAUAUAUCGUUUACGAAUGCUCUUAUUUUUAAGCUUCUUGUACACGAUAAAGUUUCGAUAACAUAUGUAUUGUCUGCGCGUGGUUACGUUGAGACAUAUUCUAGACUAGAACAAAUGUUUUUUGAUUAUUUGGCGCUUUAUAAAAGAUUCAGUAUGUUUUAUAUUUUAUUAACAAAGAAAUAAAUGCAGAAGAAAACUUUUAUAUUUUGAAACUUAUCAUAAUAAUAGAAAACGAGAAUAUUUUGAUGUCCUCAAAUUAAAACUCUAAACAAUUUUUAAAAAAUAUGCCAAAAUCUACAUAUAUAUAAUUGUAUAUUGACAAAGAUUUUCAAUAGUUUGCUCAUUCUGUGCGAAAUUGCGUAUAACUGAGAAACGUCCAGUGAUAUGUUCUUCCUACAUAAAGCAUAAAAUUGAUUCUUGCAUAUUUUAUGUAUAAGAGUUAUAAAAUGCAGUAACUUUGUUAUAACUGUUAAGAAAUAAUAAUCAAAAAUAGCAUCAAUAACAUAUUUGUGUUUUGUUAAUCGCUCAUUAAAAAGAAAUCUCAACGUACUGCGCAUUUUUAAUACAUAUCGUGGAAUCCAACGCGUAUGAUAUGCGCACGCGCGUGCACGUGUAUGAUAAGGAACAUGACUUAGGCGGAUGCAUGUGAUCUCAAGAGUUGAGGAGCAGAUUUUAGAUGUUUUUCUAUCGUAAAUGUCUAUGAAGCUACUUAAACGCUUGCCAUUGAACAACGAUUAGGACAAAAAUGAAUAGAAUAUAUCAGACCCGUAAUUUAGUCAUUUGUAGAAAGAGAUACAAGAUUAUCUGUAUUAAAAUAUUUUUUGUGCGUUAUCUUGCAAAAAUUCAUUUUUUUAUUAAGGCAAUAUUUAAAGGCAAGCGUUACAUUGACAAGAUGUUAUUUCAAUAUAAAAAGUUUGUAUGAUAAAGUUAAUUAUAAAGAGAUUAAUGUGUGUAUAAUGUAAUAGGCUAAUCCGUCAUACAACUUAAAAUAAAUAUUGCUCGAUUUUUCUCUUUUAUUUUAUUAAUGAAAUUAGCAUAUUAUACAUAAACAGAGAAGCAUAAACAUUUUAUAACUUUUUUCUGCUAAAAAAUAUUUUUUUAUUUAUUUACCUUAAAAAGUCCUCUCAGAAAACUUGCCCAUGCAUUAACCAAAUUUGUAAUAAUUGUCAUAAAAAAUAACUUUAUAAAAAAAAAUGUUAGAUAAUCGUUACUCUCCAGCAAUUUCAUAUGCCUAUAUAUCGUCAUUUCUAUUAUUUGUACAGACACAAACAAUAGGUAAUACAAUAUCAAGAGUUCGUAAAUGCUGUUGAUAAAUGUUUACUUAACACUGCCUUUAAGUGAUAGAAGGAGAUCAUGAAUUAUUUGACGUGCGAUUUUAAUAAUUAAAUCUUAAUCAGGUACUAUUCCGCACUUUAAUAAAAACUUACUGUAAAAAGACGUAAAUAACUAUAGAGAUAUGAAUAAAAUAUAUAUAUACACAUGCAUAAAUAUAAUGCGCGUGUGUAUACACAGGCUUGUAUAUUAUCUAGAAAAAUAAGAACUAUUACGAAGAAACCAUUUAAUAUGUGAUAAUUGACGGCAACGCAUAUGAGCGCACCAUUAUCCUUUAUCUUCGAUCCACCCUUAUCUCGAGAACGUUAUAUGUAAUUUCUUUUUUGUAGCAAUAAAGUGAGAUUCGAAUA